AUAGUAGUACUAUUCUUUAUCUUAGAAGGCCUUCUGUAGUUUUUGUCUUUACAAGCAUUACACAACUGUAACGUUCUCUUCAAGUUCAGAUACGUUCUCUUCCUCGUGGCGAAGCAAACGUUCUGCCACAUACUGAAGUGCAUGGGUCCGACCUUCCGUUGUUGAUCUAGUCGCCUGGCCUUCCCUGCUUAUAACUCUAGGAAAUUUUGCGAUUGCGUGCUUAAAUGGCGAAAAUAACAUGCCUUGAAGACCCACUAACGGACGAUAUCACUGAGGAGCUACUUAGUUUUCUGACAGACUCCCAAAAUGACUCGCCGGCGCUGGAGCUCGACAUAGAUUUGGCCCAAGACACAUUGGCGUCCUUUCAUCAGCUGGAGUCAGUUGCACCUUGUGAGACAUGGAGUAUAUUGAGUAAAGAUAUACUCGAACUAGAUCAAGAACACAUCGGUGAUUUUGCGUUCGAUUUCAACUUCAGAAGCAACUAUAUAACACCAGUGGAAAAAGAUCAAAUGGGUAGAGAAAGCAACGCUGUGUAUACUAAUGUGGAUCAUGUGCAGCCUGAGCAAAGUGGGAAUAGUCUUCUGACAAAAGUACCGGACAGCGUCUCAUCGUCGCAUGAUUGCACUGAGAGCGUCGACGACCUGUAUGUGCUUCCGACGUCCUACCCGUUGCGGGACGCCCUCGAGUAUCUUUCUGCUGCCCCCGCCGAGUCGACCCUUAUCCAGGACUCCCCAAGUACUUUGGGGAAGAAAGGAAAGACUCCCGACGAUGGAAAGUCCCAGCGGCAGCGUCGGCGACCCAAAGUCUCCUACAGGAACAUGUCGAAGGAGGAGAAGGCAGACUUCCAAAAUGACUCGCCGACGCUGGAGCUCGACAUAGAUUUGGCCCAAGACACAUUGGCGUCCUUUCAUCAGCUGGAGUCAGUUGAACCUUGUGAGACAUGGAGUAUAUUGAGUAAAGAUAUACUCGAACUAAAUCAAGAACACAUCGGUGAUUUUGCGUUCGAUUUCAGCUUCAAAAGCAACUAUAUAACACCAGUGGAAAAAGAUGAAAUGGGCAGAGAAAGCAACGCUGUGUAUACUAAUGUGGAUCAUGUGCAUCCUGCGCAAAGUGGGAAUAGUCUUCCGACAAAAGUACCGGACAGCGUCUCAUCGUCGCAUGAUUGCAAUGAGAGCGUCGACGACCUGUAUGUGCUUCCGACGUCCUACCCGUUGCGGGACGCCCUCGAGUAUCUUUCUGCUGCCCCCGCCGAGUCGACCCUUAUCCAGGACUCCCCAAGUACUUUGGGGAAGAAAGGAAAGACUCCCGACGAUGGAAAGUCCCAGCGGCAGCGUCGGCGACCCAAAGUCUCCUACAGGAACAUGUCGAAGGAGGAGAAGGCAGACUUCCAAAAUGACUCGCCGACGCUGGAGCUCGACAUAGAUUUGGCCCAAGACACAUUGGCGUCCUUUCAUCAGCUGGAGUCAGUUGAACCUUGUGAGACAUGGAGUAUAUUGAGUAAAGAUAUACUCGAACUAAAUCAAGAACACAUCGGUGAUUUUGCGUUCGAUUUCAGCUUCAAAAGCAACUAUAUAACACCAGUGGAAAAAGAUGAAAUGGGCAGAGAAAGCAACGCUGUGUAUACUAAUGUGGAUCAUGUGCAUCCUGCGCAAAGUGGGAAUAGUCUUCCGACAAAAGUACCGGACAGCGUCUCAUCGUCGCAUGAUUGCAAUGAGAGCGUCGACGACCUGUAUGUGCUUCCGACGUCCUACCCGUUGCGGGACGCCCUCGAGUAUCCUCCUGCUGCCCCCGCCGAGCCGACCCUUACCCAGGACUCCCCAAGUACCUCGGGGAAGAAAGGAAAGACUCCCGACGAUGGAAAGUCCCAGCGGCAGCGUCGGCGACCCAAAGUCUCCUACAGGAACAUGACGAAGGAGGAGAAGACCUACCGCGUCCGCUUAUUGAACAACGAGGCGUCCAAGCUGUACCGAGACCGACGGAAGGACAAGAGGACGCGGCUGGUUCAGGAGAAUGAAGAACUGGAGAAGGUGAACGAUGCCCUGCGUCAGAAAGUGAGAAGGAUUCAGGAGCUGAAAGAGAAGUUGAGAAAGUGCUACCUGUGUGGAGAGAGAUUGUGAGUGAACAACACACACCCAUACACACAUACACAUACAUACACACACAUACACACACAUACACACAUAUACACACAUACAUACGCAUA